CAUUUCUCAUUUUCUCCUGUAAACAUCUCUCUUUUAUUUUUUCUCUGUUCUCUUUUCUCUCUCUAGAUUCGAUUUGGGAGCGAUGAGCGACGCCAUUGAAGCUUCCACAUCGUCUUCAUCUUCGCCCAGAGAGUCAGUCUUCAUCCACCCUAGGCGCGAGCCCUUCGAGCAUGGUCUCCUCCCAAUUCCCAAACUUAUCUUCACCGACCCCAACGCAACCCUAGCUCCGUUGCGCGACAAGCUCGUAGUCGCCGCCGCCGACCAUCCUGCUCGACGGGUCGACUCGAAGGCGCUCUCCGAUGCUCUCCAGAUCUCGCUCGACCAUGCCCGGCUCGUUGUGGACACCCUCACUUCAGUCCUCCACGACGACGCUGACCCGCUUGUUAGGGCGAAGUCGAGCGAGAUUGACGCGGUGGGGGCCGAUGUUUAUGAUCUGAUUCUGUUUCUCUAUAUUCAGUCCUAUAAGAGGUUGCUUCCCCGGACGCAUAAGGAUUCAGCGGCGGUGGCGGAUGUCUGGCCGUCGACGUCGGCUUUUGAUGGGUAUUUGUCAGCGUUGUCGCCACUCCAGCUUGUCCGCAGCAACAGCCGGAGGUUUAUGCCUUCACAAGCCGAUGAAGAGGCUCAUCAAUUAUCCUAUUUACAAAAGCACUUGGCUAACAUCCUUUCACUUUUGGCAGAGCCUGUGGAGGGGGAAGGCGAAGAAUCUCUGGUUUUGACCAUGGAAAGGUUUGAACACCUUGGGUUUCUGAUUCAAUUUGGUGAAAAAGGAUCUGAAGGAGUUACCUUGAGCCAAGCUGCUCCAUUUUUUGCAAAUUCGGAUCCAGACAUGCCUGCUGUUCCUGUUCCUGCAGCUCAAGUUCAUGAUUGGGUUCUACAAAAUAUUGCUUCUGCUUUAGAACAUAUAUCUGAAAGAGUUUCUGCCAAAGAAAAUGGGCCUCCUAAUGCAACUGAUCAGGAUGUUGCUAUGGCUGAUGCUUGUGUGAGUUCAAUGAAGUCCCCAAAAAGUGCUAGGGGUCCUAGUUUUAUUGAGGGGAUCUCUAAAUCAUCAUAUGUAAAGCAAGCACCAGAUCUAAAGGGGUCUUCUUUAAAGGUUCUGAAUUGCCAUGAUUCUGUCAUUUACAUUUUAGCACCAUUGAGAUUUGCCACCAUCUAUGGAUGCUCUGAUGCAACUAUAGUUCUUGGAGCAGUUGGCAAGGCUGUACGAGUUGAACACUGUGAACGUGUUCAUGUGAUUGCUGCAGCAAAACGAAUCUGCAUUGCUAAUUGUCGGGAGUGUGUGUUCUUCUUGGGGGUAAACCAGCAACCACUUAUUGUUGGUGACAACCAUAAGUUGCAGGUUGCACCCUACAAUACAUUUUACUCACAGUUGGAAGAGCACAUGAAUCAAGUUGGAAUUGAACCAACAGUCAACAAAUGGGAUGAACUUCUAGCACUGGGAGUGGUUGAUCCACAUGAUUCAUUAUCUCAUCCGGCAGGUGUCUCUGAUAUCCAAGCAGAAUCAGCUACUCGCCUGGACCCUGACCAGUUCACAAAUUUUUUGAUUCCAAACUGGUUUGGAGGCGAAUCUGCUGGGACUACAAAAGAUAAUCCAUUUCCAUUACCUGAUGCAUAUAUGGCAUCUCAGCAGAGAAAUCACAAGAAUUUAGGGGAGAUUAAGCAAAUUUUGAGGGAAACGCCACUUGAAGAGAACCGGAAGCGGGAAUUAUCAUGUGCACUCCAUGUAUUUUUUAAAGACUGGUUAUAUGCUUCCGGAAAUAUCCGUCAGCUCUAUUGCCUGCAAGGUGACUGAAAUUGCAUGAUGGUGCCGUGGCACAAUCAAGGAGUAAAACAAGAAGUUUUUUGGCUUUCUGUCACUUUCAACCCUCACAAAUUCUUCUUCCUCAGUUCUGUUGGUAGUGUAGGUAGCUGAGCAUCAUGGUCUUUGUAAUUGGUGGGCCUUUUUAUGCAUUGAAACUGGUCCGUGGAAUGCGACUAGGGAUACAUUUCCUAAUCUUACUGUAAUAUUCUUUGGAAAAAAAAAAAAAAUCUUCCAUGUAAUAUUUUGUUUACUUAGGUUUGAGCCUUGUGAAAGUAAAAAAUUCUGGAUUUCUUUAAGUUUCAA